CACCGUGCACGCCUGCGCACUGCUUCCCACGCGGGCUCGCCCGUGUGCCGGCCCAGCUGAGCGGCCUCACGGACGGUCCCCCUCCAGCCAGACUCUGUUGCCAGCGGGGCAGCCUCCACCAUCUUGCUGUUGCCCUCCUGGCUCGGUCUUCCCCUCAGCGCACGUUGCCAUGGGCAAGAGCAGGACGAAGCGCUUCAAGAGACCCCAGUUCUCCCCUACAGGCGGCAGUCAGGCCGAGUUGGCAGCGGCCGAGAAUGGGACUGAGCGAGAAGACGACGAUGACGGGCCGGCAGCGGAGCUGCUAGAAAAGCUUCAGCACCCCAGCGCCGAGGUCCGCGAGUGCGCCUGCGCGGGGCUGGCUCGGCUGGUGCAGCAGCGGCCGGCGCUCCCGGACUUGGCGCGUCGCGAUGCGGUGCGCCGCCUGGGGCCGCUGCUGCUGGACCCCAGCCUGGCAGUGAGGGAGACGGCGGCCGGAGCUCUCAGAAACCUCAGUGCCUGUGGAGGUUUUGAAGUUUGUGAUGACAUGGUGGCUAAGGAUAUCAUGACUCCUCUGGUGGCACUGCUCAGAGAGUGUAGUGCUGGACUGGAUUCAAAUGAGAUGUCGGCACAGAAAGAGAAAGAUCGGAGUGGAAGCUGUGUUGAGAACAUAGCCAACGAGGCCGUGAACGUGCUGUGGAAUGUAUGUGAAUGCAGCAGUAGAGCAGUAUCCAUAUUCAACAGAGAAGGGUGCUUGGAGGUCGUAAUAAAGUAUUUAAGUAGGUUUCCCACCAACGUCGACCUGGCUGUUUCAGUAGCCUACUGCCUGCAGACGGUCACGGAGGAUAACCCGGAGCUGCUGAAGUCCUUCAGGGGCUCGGCCUUGCAGGUGCUGGAAUCAGCCAUGCUGGCCCCGGCCAGUUCCAUGGCACAUGUUCUGCUCAAGACACUGGUGGCAGGCACAGUUUGGAAUCUGAAGGACGUCGUCCCGUCCAAGAGCCAAGCAGAAAUCAUAAAUGCUGUCCUGAAGAUCUUAUCUGAGGUUCUGGAGAUGGAUGCCGGUGAAGUGGUCAUUCGAUUGAAGGAGGCCGAGACGCAAAGGCUGAAAACCGCUGCGGAGGCCGAGGGGACGCCGGAGAACGCUGGUGGGGGCGGUUCGCCCGAAGACGGAGCGAUGGGAGAGACUCUGCCGAAGGGAAGAGGCAGGAGGAGAACUUUCGUCUCGGAUUUACUCCCACCGACUGACAUGGAGCUGAGAGAGGCCACGGCGCUGCUGACCGCUCAGCAGACGGCUCUGGAAAUCAUUGUCAACAUGUGCUGCAGCGAAGGUCCCGCCGACGAGGACGAGGACAAGUGGGAGGAGGAGCUUUCCAGCAGCGACGAGAGCGAGGUGUUUAUGGAGGACGCCCUCUGUGAGGGCGCCGGGCAGCUGCUCUCCCCACUCUGCCUCUCCCACGAGGUCCACACCGCCCUCACGAGCUUCCUCCUCCCCAGGAAGAUAUUUGAGAAAACUGCCUUUCCGAACAGCAUUGCGGUGGACAUGUGUUCCAGAAACCCCACGUGGAAACCUUUGAUUAGAAAAAUGAACACCGUGCAGUGCCGAGCCCUCCUGUGCCUCCAGAGUCUCGUGUCCCUCCUGGAGCUGGAGCACCUGGGCGGAGCGCCGGCCCUUCAGGAGCUCGCACAGCACCUGUCCACACUGCUCUUUUCUCGGCCAGAUUUUGCUCAGCAUGUUGACUUUCUAGAAGCCAUAAGUAGUGCCUUGCGGGCCCUUUUGCAAACAAUGGCCUCCAAGAACAUCCCCCAGUGCAUGACCCCGGACCAGCUGAUGAUGCUGUGCAGAGCCGGCAUUCAGAGCGCUAACGUCAGCGUUCGAGUGAACGUGGUCAGUAUUUUGGGAAUCACGGGCAGCGUCCUUGCCAAAGAAGACGGCACACUCGAAACUCUCAAGACCAUCGGCUGCUCCCUGCUGGAGGUUGCCACCAAGGACCCUUCACUGGUGGUCACAGGAGAGGCCCUGGACGCCCUGUUCGACGUGUUCGCAGACGGCAGAGAGGCCGAGAGGGCCUCCGUCCAGAUCCGUUUACUGCCCGCUCUGCGAGAGCUCCAGCCAGUCUUCAAGAUGAAGAUACGAAAAGAAGGGAGAGGCAGAUACAGCCCAGACCAGCUGUGCGUUCUCGACAAUGUGAAGAUGAACCUGAGAAGGUUUGUUGCUUAUCAGGAGACGGUUCACAGGAGGCUGACUGCCUGAGCCGCUGGGCGCGAGCAGUCCUCCCCCGAAGUGCACGGAAGGGCUUCCUUUAAGUGGGCACGUGGAGUCCACUUCUUAUGUCUCUGUCCUGUAUGUUCAUUUGAAGCUCUAAGAACUUCAAAACCUGUCAGAAACACUUUUUUAGGCUCUGGGGUCUAAGCGCCAUUUCGGGUGCUUUCGGAAUUCACGUUCCCAGCACCUUUAAAUCACUGGAAACACGCAGCGGAGACACGGGGGGUCUCAGGUGGCUCUUGAGAGCAGUGAGGAAACUUCCGAGCAAUCAUACUUUUCUUAAAUCCGCCCCCCAAAAGGAAGUCUAAAGCAUUGCUCAGAUACUCUUUUAGGUCAAUAUCAUUUUAUAUUAGCUGAAUUUUUAACUGAAAGAUGAAGACAAGCUUUAUAAAAUUAAACACAUGCCAAUUAUGUUUACCUUGUACAAAGUGAUGAAUUUGUAUUUCAUUCUGAAGUAAAAUACACAAAUGAGCUAAUGAAGUUCCUGUCGUACUCUGUACAAACAGUUCUGAUUGUUUUGCAAUCUGAUCUAUUGUUUUGUAAUCUCCCUCCUAUUGAAUUUGAUAUGGAGUCAGAAUUGGGAGGGAAUAUUUUUUAAUAAAUAACUUUUUUAUUGAAA